AUGGACGGUGUUGAUGGUACUGCCGACGAGGGUGGAGAAGGCGGCGAUGGGGAAGAUCACUGUCUGUAUGGCAACUUCGACCUGGUAACUCCCAGAAGGAAGGUGUCUCAAGCCUGCUUUUUGAAGUCCAAGAUCAGAGAGGCCAAGAUGCAAUUCAAUGCCGAAUUCCAGAAAGUGGUUGCCAGGAAGGCAUCUGACAUCGACAAGAUCGAAGAGGUGAAUGGCCGGAUCCGAGACAUCAACAAGGAUCUCCAAAAGUUGGGAGGUCCAGCACCCCCAGAGCUGACAUCUUCGCCGAUGUAUCUGGACAUGGAGGACACAGAGGCAUUAUUAACGGUCAAAGAUGAAGAGGUUACUGUUGAGAGGUACCUCAGCCCAGAGGAGCAUGAGCGCCUGGAGGAGGAAAGGCGGCAAGAGGAACAGCGACUCCUGGAAUCCCAAAAGAACAAUAUAUUCGAGCGCGCUUUGAAACAAAUGAUGGGCGGCACACUUGAGAAGAAAGGAGAAGGUGACGAUGAAUUUCUGUUGGUGAUCCCUGAAUGGAUGGCGGGCGAUCCUUCAACAUUCAGCGAAGAUCAGCUUAAAGAGUACUGUGAGAUACAGGCCAAGCAGAAGGCAAUUGAGGAAGAAAAGGCUAGAAGGCGGGCUGCACUGGAGGCAGAGCUGCGCACGCUUCGGGCCAGCAUAGAGGACAUAAAGGACAAGUUUGACAAGCAGAUCGCUGAGCUGCACAACCAUUACUUGAGCACCGUAUGGAACAUCUUGGAGAUGGAGCUGUACAUUGUGAGCCUGCUGACCUCAGUCAACAAGCUGUCAGAGAUACAAGAGAGCAGUGAUUCUGCUGUGCUGGAGUCUCUGGCUGCACUGAAGGAAAAGAAGAGAAAGAUUAGCCAAACUCGUCAAGACUUUCGAGCUGUUGUGAACGACCAGAAAGAACGUGUGAAUGCACUGUCUCAAGAAGACAGGCAAAUGGAGAGGAGUUUCAAGAAGGAAUUAUCCGAUGCACGGGACCACUAUGCAAGACUGCACCAGCUCUACAAGUGGAGGGGCGAAAGGGCUGCCAGCACAUCUGAUCGGGACCCAGACGAUUUGGAUCCCUUCCCUCCAAUGCCCACUGCCGAUGGCUCACAUGGCGUGCCCCACUUGGACUCCUCCAUGUGCCCGGAGGGCUUGCUGCCAGUACUUUGGGAGAAGCUGCUGGACCAGAGGGAGGCCCGCAUCCAGCAUGAGCAACACAUGCGGCAGGAGCAGGACUCCUUGAGGAGGAUGGAAGCGCAGCUCCAAAAACUUGAUGAGAGAGAUAGGGAGUUGGAGACAGCCAUGGAUCAAGGUGUCGCUGAGCUUAACAAGUUGAAGGAGCAAAGGCUUGCAAACACACUCAACCUGGAGUAUCCAAUAACACUGAAGCAAGGUCAAGUGGAAGUGCAAGCGGAGGGUGUGUUAUCCAUUUUGAGUAAUUCGGCAUUGAUUGACAGAAAGACGGUGGAAGGCUUGAAUGACAUCAUCCAAGGGAAGGGUGGCAAGAAAGUUGCGAUCCUCACAGCGAUCAAGGACUUCAAAAAGGGGAUAUACCAGCUAGAAUGGGAGAAUGAGGGGUAUGAUAUGAAGGCAGAAGAUUUGGUGGAGAGGACGAAAGAAUUCCAACUCCUUCGGGUUAGCAAGUCGGUGCACCAGGUAGUGAAGCUGGGAGAGGGCGCCCUGAAGUCUCAGGAGGCGGCCAACUUGGAGCAGCUCAUGAAGUUCAAUGAGGCGCUCCACAAAAAGAACGUCUCGGAGAGGGCAAAGAGACUGGACGACCUGGAGAAGGAGAUAAUGGCGAAAGGCAUGCAGAACGAGCAGAUGAAGGCGGAGAUGGCUGGCAUUUACGGGCAGCACAGGGAGCACACGCGGCUUCAGCACUUUCUGUCUGGGGCCAAGAAGCCUUCCAAAAGGUUUGCGCAGAAGCAAGUGAAAAGCGUUACCCACACAAGACAGGACAACACUCUUGUGUGUUUGCAAAGGCAACGGCGGCAUGUGCAUGGCAAAGUAUUGUUGCGAGAGAGGGCAGGGAGAAUCAGCGCAUUUUUUUGGAUGCCUUCAUUUGAUGCUUGA